GUCCCGCCGCGGUUUCCUGCACCCGCUUGGUCCUUCUCUGGGUCUGGGACCGGUCCCCAUGUCCCGCUGUGAGGCCUCUGCAGCCUUGGGGUGAGUGUCCGGCUCGGACAAGGUGCGUGCGCGGCCCGUCGGGGACAGCUUGUAAAGAUACAGGCCUGGGAGUCGAGCUCUCGGUCCAGUUUGAAAGUCUGGACAGGAAGAGCAGGGUCUGAGAAGAUUGUGAAGACUGCUGAGAGAAGCUUGCAAUCUAUUCCCAUAAGCAUAAUAAAUAUUGGUCCUCAUGGAAGAAGAGCAAGAUUUACCAGAGCAACCAGUGAAAAAAGCCAAGAUGCAGGAAUCAGAGCAAACUUUAAGUCAAGUAAACAACCCUGAAGUCAGUGAUCAGAAACCUGAAACUUCAAGCCUUGCUUCAAACCUGACCAUGUCAGAGGAAAUUAUGACGUGCACCGAUUAUAUCCCUCGCUCAUCCAAUGAUUAUACCUCACAAAUGUAUACUGCUAAACCUUAUGCACAUAUCCUCUCAGUUCCUGUUUCGGAAACUGGUUAUCCUGGACAGACUCAGUACCAGACAUUACAACAAUCUCAGCCCUAUGCUGUCUAUCCUCAGGCAACCCAAACGUAUGGACUACCUCCUUUUGGUGCAUUGUGGCCAGGUAUGAAACCUGAAAGUGGUUUAAUUCAGACUCCAUCUCCAAGUCAACACAGUGUUCUUACCUGCACUACAGGGCUAACCACAAGCCAGCCAAGCCCAGCACAUUAUUCUUAUUCCAUUCAAGCUUCAAGCACAAAUGCCAGCCUGAUAGCCACUUCAUCCACAGUUGCCAAUAUUCCCGCAGCAGCAGCUUCUAGUAUCUCAAACCAGGACUACCCCACCUAUACUAUCCUUGGUCAGAAUCAGUACCAGACCUGCUACCCGAGCUCCAGCUUUGGAGUCACAGGCCAGACGAGCAGUGAUACUGAAAGUACCACGUUAGCAGCAGCCACAUACCAGACAGAAAAAUCCAGUGUUCUGGUACCUGCACCUGCCACACAGAGACUUCCCUCUGGAGAUCCUUCUGCAAGCCCAUCUUUGUCCCAGACGACACCAAGUAAAGAUGCUGAUGACCAGUCCAGGAAAAAUAUGACUGGCAAGAACCGGGGCAAGAGGAAAGCUGAUGCCAGCUCUUCUCAGGACAGUGAAUUGGAACGGGUAUUUCUGUGGGACUUGGAUGAAACCAUCAUCAUCUUCCACUCCCUUCUUACUGGAUCCUAUGCCCAAAAGUAUGGAAAGGAUCCAACUGUAGUGAUUGGCUCAGGUUUAACAAUGGAAGAAAUGAUUUUUGAAGUGGCUGAUACACAUCUAUUUUUCAAUGACUUAGAGGAGUGUGACCAGGUACAUGUGGAGGAUGUGGCUUCUGAUGACAAUGGCCAAGACUUGAGCAACUACAGUUUCUCAACAGAUGGUUUCAGUGGCUCAGGAGGCAGUGGCAGCCAUGGAUCUUCUGUAGGCGUCCAGGGAGGUGUGGACUGGAUGAGGAAACUUGCUUUCCGCUACCGAAAAGUUAGAGAAAUCUAUGAUAAGCAUAAAAGCAAUGUGGGUGGUCUUCUUAGUCCCCAAAGAAAGGAGGCACUGCAGAGACUAAGAGCAGAAAUUGAAGUUUUAACAGAUUCCUGGUUAGGAACUGCAUUAAAAUCCUUACUUCUCAUCCAGUCCAGAAAGAAUUGUGUGAAUGUUCUGAUAACUACCACCCAGUUGGUUCCAGCGCUGGCCAAGGUUCUCCUUUAUGGACUAGGAGAAAUAUUUCCUAUUGAAAAUAUCUAUAGUGCUACCAAAAUUGGUAAGGAGAGCUGCUUUGAGAGAAUUGUGUCUCGGUUUGGAAAGAAAGUCACCUAUGUAGUGAUUGGAGAUGGACGAGAUGAAGAAAUUGCAGCCAAACAGCACAACAUGCCUUUCUGGAGGAUCACAAACCAUGGAGACCUCGUAUCCCUGCACCAGGCUUUAGAGCUUGAUUUUCUCUAAGAACUGGAAUAAGAAACCUUCUCGUGAGCUUCUUACUCCUGAAAGGAGCUAGAGACCGAACCAACUGGGAACUCUUCUCCUCCUCUCUUUUUCUGUCUUUCUCCAUGGAAUGCCGGCGAGAACACAAUCAACCAACAGCUGCAAGGAACGAAGCUUAUUUUUACUAAGAGGAAGCUGUAUCCCCGCAUUCAUCCUUCUCCGGAAGCAGGAGAAAGCUGGAUGAAGGGAAUAGAUUUGCCACAACUACAGUGCUUUUCAUUCUUGAGGGUUUUCUGCUUGUUCGUUUGUUUUGUAUUAUACUUUAAAACAAUGAAGAAAAAGAAAAGGACAUCGUUGGGAACAGAGUUGCACUCUUAGUCCAUGACCAUACUGAGAACUGCUAUUAACUUGAGGGCAAAGGGUCAAUGCAGCAGACUGUUUCUUGCAGUCCUUAGAAUCUCCUUAACUAUAGGACAUAAUCCAGUGAAUGAAUGUAUGUGUUAUUUUUAUAGGUAAGGGUCUGGUCUUUGAAGCAGGUUUUCCUCCCUCUUUUUCUAGCAAGAAAGGGUUAUAUCAAGUUUUCCUUGAGAAGUGGUCACUGAAUAUCCGAAAUACCUCUCUGACAGUGGCGCCUCUGGGGUGCUUUCCUUCCUGCUCCUCCAUCUCCUACUCGUUCUCUGAACUGUGGGGCACUGGACACUGCUUCACUUAACACUUUGGUAUUUCCCUUCCUAGAAGCCUUAGUCCCCUUUCCGAUCCCGUCUUCCCCUUUAACAAAUGGCACAACCCCCAGAAUUCAUCUCAGUUAAUACAAGGAGGCUUACUUCAAGCUGGGAAAAAACCAGGGCUUCUGUGGCGCUUGAAACAGGAAAGUUAGUCCCUCCACCCGAGAAGCUCCUUUCCCCAGCAGACUCUCUCACCCCUCAGUUUUCUCUUCCUUCAGAGUCCUCAGUGUGCCCCUCUUGCCUUUUUGUGUCCUCUGCAGCCCAUGCCCCUCCCCCAACAGUUUCAGCCACUCCCUGGAUUUUGGGCCCGAGUGUUCAUGUAAUACCGGACUCAUGAUGACAUUUUCACUAAAACUACCAGUGAAUGCAUUUGCCUUCCAUGCGCUCAGAAAAGGUAGUCUUGGUUUGUGGGCCACACCCAACAGUGCUCAAGCUGCCCCCAGCAGUGCAUGGGGACCAUGAGAUGCCGAGGAUCAAACCCAGGUGUCCAGUGUACAAAGUGUGUGCACUGAACCUUCAAGUGUCUCCUUGUCCUCGUUCCUAAAUGGGAAAAGAGAAAAUCUUUACUAGUUUAAAUGAGGGGGCUGGACUCCUUCAGUGAAGUACAAUGCCUGAGAUUUUUAUUUUAGUCCAAGUGCAGAAACAUCUCUGGGAAAACUGGUCAGUGCAAGGCACUAGUCCCAGCCUUCCACCCCAGCUGUUUGUGGGUGCUCUGUCCAUCCCCAGCAUCUGCUGUCCUCUCUGAUGCACAGAGGCCAUGAGGUGGCAGUGCCCCCUAGUGGAUCCCCAAAGGAUGUGUCCUUCACUCCCACCCAGCCCCAGGUAGAGGUUUGUUUCAAGAUUCUAGAUAAUCAUGUCUGGAGAUGUGGCAACAGAAUACCAGGCAGGCUCUGACCGGGGACAAACCAAACAGGUAUACACAUUCCUUCCAGAGAGAGGGUGGCGCCAGUGUGAGCCAGGUUUUGGAGAUUCAUUGCAGUCUCCUGAGGCCUUCAUAGAGGCCAAGCUUCCCCAGCUGGUGCUAUCCCGGUGCAAUGCCAGCACUGUUCCAGCCUUCUAGAAAACUAGGAUGGAUCUUUUCUGAGGCCCUCCAGCCCGAUAAGCUAGUUGUUUCUUGCCCCAAGCCAGCUUGUUGGUGUUGGGCUUCAGGCUUGCAGGGCUGUGGGUUGUGCCCCCGCCGUACAAAUACUGCUGCCUACUCUUUGGGAAGUUUUUAUUCCUAGAACAGGACCUGGGACUGCUCUUUCAAUGGUCCCAUCCCUCUUGCCCAUACUGCCCAGUGUGGGCCUUUGUAAAGGAACAUGAAAUGAGCCCCAGGAGGUGAGAAAGCUCAGAGCAGGGCAGCGUUGAUUCUUCCAGUUGUGUCACCCACGG